CUCAAGAGUAGCACUCAGGGGUCACGAUGAGGGAGAUGAUCACUCGAAAGAUGGUCACGGACGUGGCGGCAAUGAUUGCCGGGCAGAUUGCCUGCUACUAUGCUUUCAAGUACGUCCUGGCCUCGAUGGAUCCGAAUCGGCAGAAGCGGCUAGAUGCAAAGAAGACGAGUGACGAGAAGUUGAGCAAGCUUGGAAAGAGGAGUAUCACAGAGGGGAUGAAUGAGUACGAGGAGCAAAUUGCUACGGAGCUCAUCCUGCCUUCGCAAAUCGAGGUGGACUUUGACUCCAUUGGAGGUUUGGAGCCAAUCAUCUCUUCGCUUCAAGAGAGCGUCAUUGCGCCACUCUGCUACCCCGAGCUCUUCAACGGUGGAGGAAAUGGUCUGCUCGGCGCUCCAAAGGGAGUCCUGCUGUAUGGUCCACCAGGCACAGGGAAGACCAUGCUGGCGAAAGCCCUAGCCAAGGAAUCUGGAGCAACAUUCAUCAACAUGCAUGUGUCUACAAUGACGAACAAGUGGUUUGGAGAGAGCAAUAAGCUCGUGGCAGCCCUGUUCAGUCUGGCAAGGAAACUGCAGCCGGCUAUUGUCUUCAUCGAUGAGAUUGAUAGCUUUAUGAGAGAGAGGAGCGGAGGAGAUCAUGAAGUUACGGGAAUGAUGAAGGCAGAAUUCAUGACUCUGUGGGACGGUUUGACGUCCUCGACAGAUCGGAUCAUGGUCCUCGGAGCCACUAAUCGUCCAAAUGACAUCGACGCUGCCAUCCUUCGCCGUAUGCCCAAACGGUAUGCUGUUCACCUUCCCGAUGCAGCUCAGCGCGAAAAGAUUCUGAAGAUCAUGCUCAAGGACUCGCAGCUGGAUCCCAAGAAGUUCAAGCUGGCGGACAUUGUCAGGCGCUCCAAUGGGCUAAGUGGGAGCGAUCUCAAGGAGCUGUGCAGAAAUGCGGCAAUGAUCCCCGUGAGGGAGUACCUGAGGAGCAAAGAGGGAAUCGAAAGUCUCAAGCAGGCAAGGUCGCAGAACCUCUCUGGAGGCGCCACCCCUGGGACUGAGGCAGGAGCAGAGGGCGGCGCUGCGAAUGCAAGUGCAAGUACAAGUGCGAGUGCUGUGCUGGGCGGUCGCAAGUCACUGAUGACUAGGCCGUUACGGACAGAGGACUUUUUCCGCACGGAUGCCGAGGUGCACAUUCCCAUGGGUUCAUACAAUUCGCAGACGAAGAAGGUGCAAGUGGAUUCAGAGCCGCUCGACUGA